CAAUCCCAACAUCAUCUUCUCCUCAAAAGGCUCAAUAACUUUCUUCUACCUCAAGUUUCAGGAUUCUUACAUCAAGCUUCCCAAAUGUCUCCCCAAGGCGUUCGCGAUGGAGACUUUGUUCGCUUUGAUGGCUAUGAUUUGGACGGGAAUGACAUAGCGUACUAUCCCACGCAAAGUAUCGAUGCCUUGAAGAGAAUCACCCUCAAUAAGCUUGGGAAUGGUAUCCUCGCUUUCAACUCACAGGGAUAUAUGAAGACUUCGGACAACCUUGAUCCCUCCACGUUCACUUACAGCUCCGGGAGCUCUCUCUACGUCCGAGUCGAGUACCCUGGCUGGGUGUUUGUUCAAGGCAAGGACUCGUACGGCAAUGAUGUCAAGAGUGAUAGCAAUCCCAUCAAGGAUGUCGUCUCGCCCUCUGCUCGCAUGAGCCGGAUUGACAAAAUGUUCAACAGCGAUGAUGAUGCCAACGAGGGAAUCGUCGCUUUCAACACCAACGGCUUCUUCAAGUACAAAGUGCAAUACCCGCUGACAUUCGGCCCGAACCCAGGCGUACCCGGCCCGCUAGAAGGCAUCUACAUUCGCACAGAGUAUCGCAACUUCAAUUUCUACGCCCAAAGGGACUCAAGCUACAAUGACAUUAAAGAUCGCACUGAUCUCAAAGACGAUGUCGCUGGUCUAAUCAAAGCUGUCAAAGCUCCGGACAUGCAUAGUGCGGUCGGCUUCAACACGUCUGGUUACAUCAAAAGCCACAUACGGAUCCCGCCACCAUCCACUACGGAAUUCCCAAGCCCCUGGCAGGGUAUCUACGUCCGCGUGGGCUGGCCUGAUUUCGUUUUUCUGCCAGGCAUUGACUCCACUGGUCACGACUUCGUGCGGCGUGAGGGCAAGGAGACGUGGCAACUGAUUGAAGAGGCGCGAAACAACAGGAGCAUUGUUGCAUUUAAUACUCUGGGAUGGAUGAAAACCGGUUUUGAUGAUACCCCAUCUGAGCUCGACCAAUGCACAGAUGUGGACGGUUUGUAUAUCAAAUUGCCCACGGCGCAGCUCUCUAGCAAUGGUGACGCGUCUCAUGUUGAGAUGACAGCAGCGGACAGGGCAACCAUUGAAGAACAGCUCUUUGCUCUGAAGGGUACAGCUCUUCUCUGGGGUAGGUACUGGAUCCCUGACGCCUUUGUGCGUGAAGAAUACGCAAAGGCCGUCCGCGCGGGAGCGGACGAGAUCUUGAAGCUCUGGAGUCAAUCCGGCCAACAUGAGCUCGCCGUCCAACAAGCCGUUAAUAUGCGCAAUACGUGGCUUGAGAACAUGCGAGCAAAGUCGUCCCCGUGGGGUUUAUACUUUGCUCAGGCCAUCAAGCCUGUCGGGGGCACAACCAAAAAGUACCUGAACGAGAAAGCGCAACGCGUCUUCAAGAAGACGUUUGAUCAGCUUACUCCACAGCAGGCUGCCAAGGUCGUCGGAAAUGUCAUUGAUGCCGCAGGCAGAGCCAACUGGAUCGUAACAGACAUCACCGAUAAGCUAGGCAUGAUUGGCAAAGCCCUAUCAGUCAUGAGCAUUGUUCUUUCCUACCAAGCCGUGGUGACAGCAGAUGACUGGCAGUUUGAGCUCUGCCGUCAAAUCGCAACAUGGUCCAUCUCCAUAGCCUCAGGCUUGAUCCAGAGCCGGAGACCUACUCGCAUCGAAGGUCCUCUCGGUGCUCUCCUGGGCGGCCUGGCUGGCAAUCUCGUUGGAGCUUUUGUCAGUGAAGGGAUAUCGUCUGAGCUCGCGCGCUGGUUCAUGGGUGGGAGUUCGGCUGCCAGUGGCCAAGAGCUUCUGGCUCCCAUGAUGCAUGUGGCCACAGACAAUGUUGGGAAUCGUCUCGCGAGGACGGGUCGAUCGUUCCAUGUCCACCAACUACUGGAUCAUCACCAUAGAAGCCUUCACGAGGAUGACCUCACCGCCGAUUUGACCCAACAAGUAUUAAACACUGCGAGCGUGGGCGGAAGAGAGGAAGAAGUUCUGGCAACGGUCGUUUGGCUACGCCAAAAUGGCGUGCUAUAUCCAGCGAACCCUGCGAACGCAAAAGACCUGCUGAAGCUUAUGGAUUUCGUUGCCUUUCACCACCCUGCAUGGGAUGAUCUUGACGCCGGUAGCGGUUUGCUCGAGAUCGCAGCCGCAGAUGGAGGCCUUUUCAAGCGUGAAUACGACGGAAUCUAUAUGUAUAGGGGAUAUGUCAACGACGGGACCCCCUGGGAAAAGAUUGACCGCACCUAUGACGCAACACAGAUUGUGGCGGCCCAGACUUCAAUCUACCAGGUGCACACCAACGGCCAGAUAUGGACAUGGAGCUUGUCCUCGCCGCAGUGGACAUGUAUAGACAACAACUCGGACACGACUCGGAUCGCCGCGGGAGGGGGCCAGUUGUACCAGAUGCACAAGUACGGCCAGAUCUUCAAGCUCUCCGGCACAAAUAAUUGGGAGCGCAUCGACAAGAAUGAAGACACUUCAGCCAUCUUUUCUGAUCCCGCGGACGGAACCCUCUACCAGAUGCACAAAAACGGGAGCAUCUACCGCCGCGACGGGGCUUCCUGGCCGCAAAUCGAUGACAAUCGCAACUCAACCAGCCUGACUGUUGCCCACGGCCGUGUCUACCAGAUUCACAAGAAUGGCAGUGUCUACCGGUACAAUGGCGGGAUCUCCUGGACUCAGAUUGACGACAACAGUGACACAAAGGGGAUUGUCGCUGGCGGCCAGCAUCUCUUUCAGUGGCAUCAGUAUGCAGUGUGGCGCUACAAUGGCAGCGUCUCGCCUAGGUGGACAGACGUGUAUGAGGGCAAUGUUGAGAUUUCGAACUUGGUCAUGGAUGAGAACACUCUUUACAUUCACUUCGCAAACUCCCAAGUGCUGCGACACUUCUUCUAGUUGCGCAAGAAUUCAGGAUUCGGUACUUUAGU